UUAUUUACUAUGGAACAGAAACGAAAUAUGAUACGGAUUUUACUUUUUACCUUAAAGCAUAAACACAAGUAGAUAAAUAAAAUUGACAUCACUUAAUGUUAAGACGUAUAUAAAAUGAAUUUGUAUCAGAUAAUAUUCUUUAUUCCUUGUGCAACGUGUUUAUUAUGUUGGAACCAAAUAAACAAUUCUCUCAAAUCAACCGUAAGCUGUGAGUUGUGCGCAGUUUCUCACAUUGAAUUUAAAAAGUAUGGUGUUUCAUUAAGUUCAUCUGUGAAGAUGUGUGCUUUAAAUAACUCGGAAUGCAAUACAAUAUGUCGCGAUGCUAUUAACGUAAUAGCAGUUAUGGAUCCUUUAGUAAGAGUCACUUCUUGCAAGGGAGCUUGUUGCGAAACUGAUCUAUGUAAUAAUGAAGAUCUUCUUGACAACGUCCCUUAUUACAACGAUGCAUCGCAAGGUACUGGAUAACAUUUUUAAGCUGGAAAAUUUUUUGCGGAAUUUUAUUUGUUAGUUUUGCACAGAAAUUUUUACUUUAGAAGGCUUAUUUUGCAAAAAAAAACUUUGUAAUAACAAUGCAAUGUCAAACAAAGUAAUAAUAAUAAGAAGAAGAAUGUAUAAGAUUUUUUUUUUUUUAAUAGUUUUAUUUUUUCUUUUAGUUUGAUAAUUUAGUAGAUUUUUUUGCUAACAAAUAACUUCAUUAAUGCACAAAAGAGUAAUGUAUCAA